UGUCCGUGGAAAAUGUGUGUGUGUACAAUGAAGUGAAAAUUUAUGUAUUUUGUUUGCCAUCAAUCGUUUAAAAUACUUGCAGUAAUUAACACAAAACAAAAAAAGAAACAAAAAAAAGUUGAAAUAGCAUAAGUAAAUAUUUUUUUAAUCUCGUUUAGUUGUGUUAUAUUGAGUGUGAAAGCGAUUUUAUAGGAUGGGCAAGCAAAAAAUGUAAAAUAACUUAAAAAGUGAUUGAUAGGGUUGAAUGUAUCGCGGAUCAUAAAAUUCUUAUAUGUAUUUAGUGUUUAAGUUAAAGGGGUGGUAGAAGCAUUUUGAAGUAUAUAUUGGCAAAGUUUAACGCAUAAAAAUGCCCAGUGCAUCAUUUACAUCUUCACGCUCUUAUGUGCGACGAUCAAGACGAAAGGGGGUCAAUCGAAUCGCUUUACCAAAUCGUCCAACUGAAUCUAUGCUUCAAAAUGUGAGCGGUACAAAUACGGUUAGUUCUCCUUCAAAUCCCGGAAGCAAUAUGACACAAAAUCAAACUGCAAUGAAUUCUACAAGCUUGUCGUUACCUUCGACAUCGACAUCCACAAAUAGCUCAGGUAUUUCUUCCAGUUUAGUGCACGGUGCAAAUUUGUUAGGUCCUGAUAGCGGUGGCCCGUCGUGUUCCCGCAGCCAUUCGGGUAACAGUAAUAGUUCGAGCUCGUUUGCUUCAUCUUCAAGUACUGCUUUUAGCCAUAUUAUAAGUUCUAAGAGUUCGUUGGGUGGCGGUGUUUCUAUGAUGAAUUCGUCCGAUUUUCUAGCAAUGCAUGUCACGGAAAGCCAAGAUCAAGCCGCAUCUAGUUCAAUAAGUGAAAUGGGUGAGUUGAAUGGUUUUUGCGUGAAACUUUUAAAUCCAAUGACGGGCACAUCAACGACAUCAUCAUCAUCGUGUUAUCAAUCGCCUUACGAUUUACGAAGUAAACCUCCAGCAAUAAGCAGUCAUGAGCAUUGGAUCUGUACAACAACAACAGCGUCGGCAUCUUCCUCGAGCACAAUUUGUUCACAUGCAUCAAAUAGUGCCAGUGCUAGCACCGGAGUAUCACCUGGUGUCAUUGUAAGUCCCUCUUCCAAUCAACAAACAUCAGCAAAUCAAUUAACAAUUGGUGGUACGUCGACCGUAAAUUCCACCUCUUCAAGUUCUUCAACUGCCAUAAUUCAUGCUCCCUCAACGAAUGCAACGUUUCCAGUUAAUAAUGCUCAUACAACAGGAUCACCACUCUCUAAUCCGCCUACAGUUCAUAGUUCUAUACCGCAACAGCAUUGCAGUGCUCUACCUAUUGGCGGUUCAGAUAACAACAGUUUUUUGUUACCGGCUCGCAAGCGUUCACGUCGUUUAUACACACAAUCUGUGGAAUCGUGUUUGUUGUCGUCAGCGGAAAUGUCCAUUAGUCAUGUAGGGCCAUCCGCUGCUCAGUAUUUACAAUACGAACUACCAGAUGAAGUGUUAUUAGCGAUAUUUUCAUAUCUUUUCGAAAAGGAUUUGUGCCGUUUAGCUCAAGUGUGCAAACGCUUCAAUACAAUCGCUAAUGACAGCGAGCUUUGGAAACGUUUAUAUCAGUCAGUGUUCGAGUACGAUUUACCGCUUUUCAAUCCACAACAAUGCAAAUUUAUUUUCGAAAAACCUGAAGAAUGUGAAUAUGCUAAUCCUUGGAAGGAAAGUUUUCAUCAACUUUACCGCGGCGUGCACGUUCGACCCGGUUAUCAAAAUAAAAAAUAUCCCGGUCGCAGUAUCGUGUUUUUCGAUACUGUACAAGCCGCUCUUGAUUAUCCAGAAGAAAAAUCUGUUGCUGCUAACGCUUCCUCGACAUCAUCGAGUGCUAUUAUCAGUGCUGGUUUAUCAAAUUCGGCAUCGACUGGUUCUAGUGCAAAUUUAUAUGAAGACAACGAAACGCUCUUAAUGCAUCCGGCGCCUUUAAUAUUCCUUCAUGCAGGUCAUUAUAAAGGCGAAUAUUUAUUUAUCGAUUCUGAUGUAGCGUUGAUAGGUGCUGCUGCUGGCAAUGUUGCCGAAGCUGUUGUAUUGGAACGAGAAGCUGGCUCCACAGUAAUGUUCGUGGAAGGUGCAAAAUCUGCUUAUCUCGGAUAUUUGACACUUAAAUUUUCGCCAGAUGUAACUUCUACUGUAUCUCACCAUAAACACUAUUGUCUCGAUAUUGGUGAAAAUAGUUCGCCAACCAUUGACAACUGCAUUAUACGCAGUUUAUCGGUUGUGGGCGCAGCCGUUUGCGUUGGAGGGGUAAAUGCAAAUCCCGUUAUUCGCAAUUGCGAUAUAAGCGAUUGCGAAAAUGUUGGUCUGUACGUCACAGACUACGCCCAAGGAACAUAUGAACACAACGAAAUUAGCCGUAAUGCUUUAGCGGGUAUAUGGGUAAAGAAUUUCGCAAGUCCUAUUAUGAGAGAAAAUCAUAUUCACCACGGGCGCGAUGUUGGCAUAUUCACAUUUGAAAAUGGAAUGGGUUAUUUUGAGAAAAAUGACAUACACAAUAAUCGUAUAGCAGGAUUUGAGGUGAAAGCCGGAGCUAAUCCUACAGUAGUUAAAUGUGAAAUUCAUCAUGGCCAGACGGGAGGCAUUUACGUUCAUGAAAAUGGUUUGGGACAAUUUAUUGAAAAUCGCAUACAUUCAAACAAUUUUGCAGGUGUCUGGAUAACAUCGAAUAGCAAUCCAACUAUUCGUAAAAAUGAGAUUUAUAAUGGACAUCAAGGAGGUGUAUAUAUUUUUGGCGAGGGUCGAGGACUCAUUGAGCAUAAUAAUAUCUACGGUAAUGCGUUAGCCGGCAUUCAGAUACGAACUAAUAGCGAUCCAAUUGUGCGGCAUAAUAAAAUCCAUCACGGACAACAUGGAGGCAUAUAUGUGCAUGAGAAAGGUCAAGGCUUAAUCGAGGAAAAUGAAGUCUAUUCGAAUACAUUGGCUGGCGUCUGGAUAACGACUGGCAGCACACCUGUAUUGCGUCGCAAUCGCAUUCACUCUGGCAAACAGGUUGGCGUAUACUUUUACGAUAAUGGCCAUGGAAAAUUAGAAGAUAACGACAUUUUUAAUCAUUUGUAUUCGGGCGUUCAAAUACGAACUGGCAGUAACCCUGUUAUACGAGGCAAUAAAAUCUGGGGUGGUCAGAAUGGUGGAGUUUUAGUUUAUAAUGGCGGUCUCGGUCUGUUAGAGCAAAACGAAAUAUUUGAUAACGCAAUGGCUGGGGUAUGGAUUAAAACUGAUUCCAAUCCUACGCUGAAACGCAACAAAAUCUAUGACGGCCGCGAUGGUGGUAUUUGCAUAUUUAACGGUGGCAAAGGUAUACUAGAAGAAAAUGACAUAUUCCGCAAUACUCAAGCGGGGGUGCUUAUCUCAACUCAAUCACAUCCUAUACUAAGGCGUAAUCGUAUCUAUGACGGCCAAGCUGCGGGCGUUGAGAUAACAAAUAACGCAACAGCUACCCUUGAAUAUAAUCAAAUUUUUAAAAACAAAUUCGGUGGCUUAUGCCUGGCCAGCGGUGUGCAACCUAUAACGAGGGGAAAUCAAAUAUUCAAUAAUGAAGAUGAGGUUGAAAAAGCUGUAUCUGGCGGUCAAUGCCUAUACAAAAUCAGCAGUUACACCUCCUUUCCAAUGCAUGAUUUUUACAGAUGCCAAACUUGUAACACGACCGACCGUAACGCCAUUUGUGUAAAUUGUAUAAAAAAUUGCCAUGCUGGACAUGAUGUAGAAUUCAUUAGACACGAUCGGUUUUUUUGCGAUUGCGGCGCUGGCACUCUGUCCAAUCAAUGCCAAUUACAAGGUGAACCCACUCAAGAUACAGACACUUUGUACGAUUCAGCAGCACCAAUGGAGACACAUACACUAAUGGUGAAUUAACCAGAACUUUAAUUUGUAAGCUUUUGAAAAGAAAUCAAAAAUCACUUUUAAAACGAUUUCGACUAAGAAGCAAUUCACUAAAACGACAGUAACAGUAAAUCCGCAAAAUGCAAUUACCAUUUAAUGUAUUCACAGAUCUAGUGUUAGUUAUUAUAUUUAUAUGUAUUUACUAAACGACAACAAACAAAAAAAAAAAGAAGGAAAUAUUUUACACAUACGGAAAACAAAAAAAAAAAAACAAAAAAACAAAAAAAGAAAGAAAAGAAGUACGCGUGCUUUAUAUCUAAGUUCAUAAUUAAUUAAGCUCAAUAAUAUUUAAACGCAGGAUCUAAAAAGAAAAGAAAAAAUUAUUCUCACUUUCGCUACUAUUUUUUUUUUCUUCUUUACUGCACGCCGCGCCCCCAGUUGAGAAUGGUUUUUUCUCUUAUUCUUUCUUGUUUUUAAAGCAAAGAUAGAUCAAUAAUAAUUCGCCUGAGUAUUAUAGGAAAUUUUCAUAAUUAGAUUUAGAUAAGCACGUCUAUCGGACUAAAAUACUAGUUUAUACAUUACAAGAAAUGUUGAAAUAUGUUGUGCCCAUGAAAUUGAAAAAGUUUAUAUGUCGCAAAUAUUUCCAUAAAUUUUGGUCCAAAAUUGAAGAAAAACAAAAAAAAAAAAAACAACAAAUGCAAAGUUUAGUUACGACAAACAGAUAAUAGAGAUAAUACAUUACGGUUUAGUUAAUGGCCAACUUCUAUUCUUCUCUAUAAGUUUUUAUCUUGUUUUUUUUUUUCUUCAUUAAGCAUUAGAAUUAUAUUCUGCUCAUUUCUAAUUUUAGAAUUAUGUUUCACUCUGAGACCAUUUAUUUAUGUUGGAAGAUCAAAAGCUUGCUUGUUAGUGUCUAGGCUGAUUCGCCUGGGCACCUGUUUAUUUGCCACAAGUAAGAGUUUUAGGUUAGAAAAAAAAAAAAAAAAAAAAAAACAAAGGCAGAAGUAUAUUUUAAAUUAGAAUUUAUUUUUUUUUUCUGUUUUGUUUUGUUUUAAGAUAGGCAAUGUAUUAUUUCUAAAAUCUAAAUUAAAUUUGCCAUGUAGUAGGGUAUGCUUAGAUUCGAUUUCUUUUUAUCAUUUAUUAUUAUGUAUAGACUCGAAUGCCUGUAAAUGUUCCAGUGUAAAAUCAAAUUUAUUUUGCAAUUAAAAUAAAAGAAAGUCUACUUUCGAAAAUUUUACGACCAGCACUUACUAUAUCAGAUGCGGAAUGAUUUUAAUAUAUAUAUUAUAUUGAAAUGUAUAUAUAUUUGUGUAUAUGCAUAAAUGUAACUUUACUUCACAUGUCCAAUUUCUCGAAAUUCCUAACGCGUUGUGGACGGGAAGCUUUGAUAAGCUUAUGAUCAGAAUAAACACAUAUUUUUUACAAUUUUGCCUUCUUCGCUUUAUUCCAAGCGACAAGCUUGUAAAACGCAAGCUAACAUAUGGUUUGCCUUCUUCACAGACGCUUUUUAGGGUAGAAAGGCUAAACUGUGUUAAAAAAAAAAAAGAAAAAAGGUGCUGAAUUUACCGUAACGAUGACAAGAAGGCUACAGGAUAGCCUUGUGGUUAUCGAUAUCGAAUAAACUUGAUCGUAUUUUGUAUAUGUUACUCGACAGAAAUCUUACGUUUGGAAGAUUUUUCAUUCGAUAGUAAGAAAAAUGCAUACUUUAUCCACCGCUAUCGAGUUUACUCGACAUUGAGACCCGUGAACCGGCCCACAUAUUGAUUUAAGACAAUAUAACCUACGAAAAAAAAAAGCUUCAAUUAAAAUCUCGGUUUGCCCAUAGAAGGAUCAAAAUAUGGCUUCAAUGGCAAAAUAAAGAAAAAUUCUAAGGCAAUACCAUCGCUCAAUGGCACAGUCUUUGAUAAAUUAUCACUAUCACAUAAAAAAAAUAAAUCCUCAGCUACAUCUGCGUUUUGUCUACAAAGCGAUCAGAAUGAGUCCGCAGACUCGACCAAGUAAUUUGGUAAGAGAGUAGUAGCAUUACAUGAGAUUUAGUUCACAGCUAAGCUUUGAACUAUUAACGAACUAUUAUUAACAUUGAUCGGCGACGGCAACAGACAAACAAUUAAAUUCGCAUUCUAUUGCUGAAGCGGUUUGAAUAUUUCGCAAAAACCAAGCCAAAGUAGUUUUGUAGGCCAGUGCUACUGUUUAAUAGGAUUUAACAAUUAGUUCACUCAUAAUUGACAACCACAGGAAAUCAUUAAUGACAACUAGCAGCAUCUUUAGAAAAAGGUUUCUGCUCACAAAAUGAUCGGUAUAUAUGAGAAGAUAGACCAAGGCGACUUUUUUGCUAGCGUUUCGAGGGGUUCAGUUCAAAACUGAAUUUUUUAUAACCUAAUGAGACUAGAAAUAUUUAUUGGUUGAUGCCGGGCGAUAACACGGAAUCGAAACUUUUAGAAUGCUUUAGAACGCACGUCAAAGUAACUUUGUAAAGCAGAGAUACCGUUCGAUAGGUUCCAAUUUUUAAUUGACCAUUAAUGGCCAAGGAUAUGAUUAAUAUUGGUCAAGCGUUUGAAGAGUUUUACUCCGAAUAUCUAUGUUGUAAACAAAGACAAAGCACAUUGACUUUGACGAUCAAUUUUAUUAUUAUGAUUAAGUGUUAUUUAAAAUUAAAUUUUUUAUUUUUUUGUUUUUGCUUUCAAUAAGAAAAUCGGUAUUGUUAACCUGUACAAUUGUUCUUUAUUUAUUUGGUUAUUUGUACUUGACUUAACUGAAGCCGCAACCUUUUAAAAGAUUAGUUUCGUUUCCCGCUAAAUAUUGGUUGGUCAUUAGCAGAGGAGAGGGUGGUCAAGUGAGAUGACUAAGAUAAGAGUAUUGGUCCAAUUCUGAAGAAUGUGUUUUUUCUUUUUUAUUUUACUGGACUAUAGUAAAAAUAGGAAACGUUUCUCUUAGUACUUAGUAAGAUUUGAACUUUUCUUUUUCAAGUAAA